AUGCGUGUGUCUACUCAAAUCAGCGAGAGCAUUCAGAGGUCGCGAGACCAUGAGAUGAGAUUGAUGGCGCUUCAACGGCAAGCACAAGAGAUCCAGCGAGAGCUUCAGCGCCUUCAGCAAAAGAAGGACAAGCUUCAGUCCGACGAAGAAGGCUACAACUCUGAAGAGGAAGAAGAAGAUGAGCUUGCACACCUCAGUGAGAAGCUGUCGAAGGCCAAUCUCCCGGAAGAUGCCAGCCGCAUUGCAAAGAAAGAGCUAAAGCGGCUGAAGAGCUUGCAAGCACAUCAUCCAGAGUACACCUCCACUCACAGCUAUCUUGAGCUUCUUGCCAGUUUGCCUUGGAAGAACCAGACGAAGGAGUCCUUCGACCUGCAAGAGGCUCGACGCAUGCUGGAUGAAGAUCAUCGGGGUCUGGAGAAAGUCAAAGUGCGGAUCCUGGAGUUCUUGGCAGUGCAGAAGCUGCGAGGUAAUCUGAAAGGGCCUAUCCUGUGUUUGCAUGGUCCUCCUGGCAUUGGCCGGAAGUUCCAUCGCAUUGCAUUGGGAGGUGUGCGAGAUGAAGCGGAGUUGCGGGGUCACCGACGAGCUUACAUCGGAAGCAUCCCUGGUGUCAUUAUCCAGGCCUUCCAGACUUUAGGUGUGAACAACCCUGUCAUCCUCUUGGAUGAGGUUGACAAAACCUCGCAGAAUUCGAUGUUCAAUCCACAGGCAACACUUUUGGAGAUAUUGGAUCCUGAGCAAAAUACCACCUUCAAGGACCACUAUUUGAACACGCCCUUUGACCUGUCCAACGCCAUCUUCAUUUGCACUGCAAAUGACACCUCCACCAUCGAUCGGCCUUUGCUGGAUCGCAUGGAGGUGAUUGAUUUGUCGGGCUACACGGUGGAGGAAAAGGUGGCCAUCAGUAGAAGCCAUUUGCUUCCCAAGCAACGGCAGCUCCAUGCUUUGGAGAAGGAGGGCGACGCAGCUCCGAUCCUGGACGUGAGCGAGGAGGCCUUGGAAGCCUUGGUCACCCGCUGGACGGCCGAGAGUGGCGUGAGAUCCCUGGAGCGCCACUUGGCACAGAUUUGUCGCUGGGCGGCUUUGCGUUUGCAGGGCGUCGAUGUGCCAACUGGUUUGGGACGAGAAGCGGCCAGAGAGGCAGCUUUGGCAAGCAGUGGCCCUGAUGAAGAUGGUCACAUCAAGGUUAAUGCAGAGCAUUUGCCUCACAUCCUGGGAGUUGAGCUCUUCGAGCCCGCCAAAGACUCAGCAACAGGGCUCAAGCCUGUCGCGCGACUAGCCAUGGGCUAUCGCAUCGGUUUCAUGACCACCUACAGCAAAAACUUUGGCAAAGCCAAGCCCCGGGCGCAACUCAUCGUGAAUUCGCCUUCCAUCCGACUGGAUCCGACCCGAUCAUUGACAUUGAGAGGAGGGCCAUGUGCAGCUCCCACCCCAGCGAAUACCAUGAAUACCAUAGGUACCAUGGCUACAACAGCCAGCACAUUGACCGGCACGAUGACAAAGUCAAUCUCCGGCACCUUACAAAUCGCAGGGAAGUCUCUAGCAGAAGAGAAGCGCCCUGGGCACGGAGGCCGAAGGGAGUCCUUGGUCUUGAAGACCUUCAAAUCACGCGACAUGCGAAGGAAAUGCUUGGAGCUUCUUAGCGAACCAGACCUCAAGAAGAUUGCUGGGGAGAUGUUCAGGAAAAGUGAUGUGGAUGGAAGCGGACAAUUAGAUUUCGAUGAAGUGCACAAAUGUCUUGAACAGCUGCAUGAAGAUAUGGAUCUACCCAAGCCAGAUCGGAACACGGUGGAGUCUUUGUUGAAGCGCUUCGACACGACUGGGAAGAAAGUGCUUGGCGGGCAUGAUUUCUUUGAGCUGCUGGUCUCGCAGCUGCGGAGGAGUGCAUUCGACCGCGGAUCUGUCCUGGGUCGGGAGUUCUUUCUCACCAAAGGCAAGCAAGAUGUAUGGGAUGUCUACCGGAGAGAAAAGCAGCUUGGCACUGGCUCCUUUGGAACGGCCUACCAAGCGGUUCACAUCCAGAAUGGAGAAGAACGUGUCAUCAAAGCUGUGAAGAAAAGCCGCACAGCCUUGCCUCUGGAUGAAAUUGAGCAGGAAAUCUUGAUCAUGCGUCAGAUCGACCACCCCCACAUGGUCCGGCUGUUCGAAUGGUAUGAGGAUGCCAAUCGUGUUUAUUUAGUCCUGGAUUAUCUGAAGGGAGGAUCUCUAAAGGACGUCAUUGUGCAGUUGAACAAGAAGGAUGAGCGCGGCCUCAAAGAAGCAUGGAUUCGGGAAGUGAUCCAACAGACUGCUGGUGGCUUGGCGUACUGCCAUAACCUGCGGCUUAUCCAUAAAGAUCUCAAAGAUGAGAACAUCAUGCUGCUUGAGAAGCCGGACCAAUGGGAGAAACCACAUGCUGUAAUCAUCGACCUGGGAGUGGCUGAAAUGUUUUCCGUGGCAGAUCCGGCAGGGCGGUUUAUUGGUGGUACCCCUACCACCAUGGCUCCGGAGGUUUGGAAUGGAAACUUUGGCCCAAAGUGCGAUGUGUGGUCGUUGGGAUGUAUCAUGUUUGAGCUUUGCACAGGUGCCUUGCCCUUCAUGGCCAGUUCGAUCCAACCCUCAGCCUGGACGAGGCUGCACAAGCGAGGUCCUCGCUGGGAAGAUAUGAAGACCUGUGCUGACAGCAAGACCUUGUGUAAAGCCAUGCUUCAAUACCAGGAAUCAGAUCGUCCUACAAUGGCUGAAGCUUUAGAGUUCCCAUACUUCCAGACAGCCACCCAUGAGUUGAAGUUUGUGGCGCCUGAGAAGUUCGCCAACUUUCUCAACGCCCACAAGCUGCACAGAGCAAGGCAAGGACUGCUCCUAGAGAUCGCGUCAAGAAUGCCAUUUCAGCGUGCUGGGGAGAUCAUCCGCAUGUUUUCAGAAGUGGAUAAGGAUCGCACUGGAACGAUCACUCUUGACGAACUCAUUGCGUAUUUUGACGCAGCCGGCAUCCCUCAUGAUGACUUGGCCAAAACUUUCCAGGUGCUGGAUGUAGACAAAGAUGGAACUUUGUCUUUUAGUGAGUUCUCUACGGGAGCACUGCUGCUCUUUCAAGAUGCUCUUGAGGAUGAGCUGCACAUGCUCUUUGCCAGCUACGAUUCAAACAAUGAUGGGAUCCUCACGACCUCAGAGGCAGAGACAUUCCUUGAUAGUGUGCGGGCAGCGACGGACCUCGGUGGAAGGUCAAUUGGGCAAGGUCAUGAUGGAAAGCGUCGAGCCCUGAGCUGCGGAGGCCCGAGGGUGGAGAAGCAACGCUCGAAGCGGAAGGCUGAUGGUUGGACGCUGCAGGAGAGACUUGGCACGCUCCUCUCCUGGGACGAGGGUCCUAAGACCCUGGCUGUGAAGCUCUAUGCCCGAUUCAAGGGGAGAUGUGCAGACCUGCCACCACUCCUUGAGCUUCUGGAGGAUCGAUGGGGCUUCCCGCAACGCCUGUGGCCUUUGCUUUGGGCGCAGCUGCGACGGGAAAGCUCUGGACCUUUGAAGCCGAUUGGAGGUGUUCAGGCUCCAGAAUAUGUGACUGAAUCGCAAUGGCUGGAAGCCUUCACGAGGUGGCUGCAUGCGUUGCAAGCUCGCCUCGGCCAGCAAAAAGUCUCAAGGAAGAUGAUGGUACGAAGGCGUCAGAACACGGAUUUGGGUGCCGAAGAGCAGUACUUCCAAGGUCCGUUGUUGGGCGAGGGUGCAUAUGGCGAAGUCUACGCCAUGUUCCACCGAUCACUAGGAGUGAAGAGGGCAGUGAAAGUCAUCCACAAGUGUCGGCUCAGUGUGUCUGCCGUUGUGGCGGAGGAUGAGGUGAAGGUCUUGAAGGCCUUGGACCAUCCUCACGUGAUUCGCAUCUACGAGGCCUUCGAAAGGCAUGACACGCUGCACAUUGUCAUGGACUGGGCGGAGGGUGGUACCCUCGCAGCUGUUUUGUCAUCACAAAGAGCCAACGACAGGACGGUCUCGGAGGCAUGGGCCUGUACAGCUGCACGGCAGAUGUGCGCCGCCUUGGAGUACAUCCAUUUCAAGGGAGUGGUCCAUUGCGAUCUGAAGCCCGAGAACGCCAUGCUGCUGCGCCCCACCGACCCCAACAGGAAUGAAGCUCCACAUUUGGUGUUGGUGGACUUUGGCCUGGCUGAGAUCGUCGAGGCUCGACAGAAUGGGGGCCCUUUGAUGGUCCGCGGCACUGCAGUGUAUUUGUCACCAGAGGGUUUCGAGGGCCAUCUCACCGAGAAGAGCGAUCUGUGGGCGCUGGGUGUGGUGAUCUUUGAGAUGAUGUUGGGACGUCGGCCCUUUCAGGGCGACAACAUCGCAGUGCUUUGGUUAAAGGUUGCCCAGCACGAAGCGUCUCUGGAUGGGCUGAGUACACUGGCAGCUGAAGUAGUCCAAGGCCUUCUGAACAAAGAUCCUAUUGCGCGACUCACAGCCCAGGAGUGCCGCAGCCUUGCAUGGUUCGCCCAGACAGAACUGGAACUACAGCCUCCAGAUGUCUCUGCCAGGCGGGUAAAGAUUGACAGCCUUGGCAGCGCCAAUUGCUUUCAUCAGAUCGCAAUGUUUGCCGUUGCAACAGGGCUGAGCAUGAAGGACAUGCACGGAGUCUUCCAGGUGUUUCAGUCCAUCGACAAAGACAGGUCGGGGAAUUUGGACUUUGAAGAGUUCCGCCUAGCCUUGCAACAGUUGAACAUCACAGAGGAUCCUCAGCGCUUGAUGAGCAUUUUGGACAUGGACCAAAAUGGUCGCAUCUCGUAUACCGAGUUUUUGGCAGCAGUGCUAUCCACUUCCGAGACCUUGCCAGAGUCGAUGGUUCAGGAGGCCUUUGAUGUCUUUGAUGUUGAUGGCGACGGGCAAAUCUCGCUUUCAGAGCUUCGCGUGAUGCUCUCAGGAGAAGGGCCAUUGGUUGAGGUGUUGCCAAACGGUCAAACUGUGGAUGAUGUGAUGGAGGAGAUUGCUGGAGGCAAGCAGAGCAUCUCCUUCCAAGACUUUGUGGCUUACAUCGGCGAGGUGUCAACACGAAGGCGGACGAGUCGCGACAUGACUUUGAACAGUGAGGGUCCUGCAGGUCAGAAGAUCGUUGACAGCAUGUGCCAAGAACUGGAGGGCUUUCAGGUUGCUUCAGACGAAGAAGCUCCUGCGGAGGACAUCGAUUACUCUCGCAAAAAGGAGGACACGGAGCGUGAUGUGGCACAGCAAUCAACCACAGACCUGGAAGCUCCUCCCAGCGAAGAGGAGGACUCAGAUGACAAGGCACUCUGGAGAGCCUUUGGCCCCCAGUCCAAAGAGCUUUGGACCAAAAACAGGCCGAGCAGUGGAGGGACGCUGACGAUGUUGCCCCGGGAAGUCUUCAAUGGGACUUUUCCUGCAGUGCACGACUUUCUCUUGAAAGUCUUCGCUGGCACGCUUGAUGCGGAUGACCCUGUCUUUCAGGAGCGACGGAGAGCUUUGGAUUGUCUCUUGCACUUUCCAGAGCAGCCGAUCACCACAGAGAAGUCCGACCUUUUAGCUGCGAACAUCUCCUCGCUGAGUCAGCACUUCAUGGCAGGUAUGGUUUUGGCGCGUCUCCUGGCGGAUGCUGAGGACUCCACGAAGGGUGGAUCCCUGCAUCAAAGGCUCCAACAGGCCAUUGAGGCAAUGAAAGUUGAUGUGGUCCCGACACCGCGGAAUGCUCGCCAUGAAGAGAUGUAUUCACCCUAUUCAGCUUCUCCAGAUUGGAUGCCAUCGGUGCCGUCGCCGCCACCAUCGGUGCCACUGUCAGCACGCAAAGAGGCAAGUCCGUUGCCAUCGCGGCAAUUGCGAUCCAGGCCACCCAUGCCACCACGUCCAUGGGGUGCUCAAGCACCACCAAGGGACGAGCUUAGAGAGGAGCGUUUGGCCAAUCUGCGAAGAAAGACAAGGCCGCAGCAGAAAGGUCGACUGAGACAUAGGCAGGCGGCUGCGCUUUCGCCCAAGGCGUCUCGUGCGGAUUCACCUGCCAAAUAUCCAUUUCAAUGGCAAGUGGAGAAGGACAUUUUUAUACCAGAGUUGGUCUUGGCAAACGCCAAGCGGGCAGCUGCCGCCGCACCAGCGCGAGGCUUGGGUCAGUCAGAGGUGCCAAAGUUGCCCAGGCUCCAGCAUCGGAAGCCGGCCAAGCCUCGACGCGCUGGCCCAGUAGUGGGCAUACGAAGCCCACGGGUGGUUUGA